UUUUCGUCUACUCUCAAAGCUUGUCUACUCUCAAAAGCUCGUUAGGCGAAAGCCCCAAUUAUACCACCCCAAAUCCACAGAACUACCUCGACAUGGCAAUCGAUCUCCCUCCCCAUAGAGCAUACGCCCAGGGCGAGGAUUACGAGCUCCAAAAGCCUCGUACCACCAUCGAGCUCGACAGUCUCAAGUCCCGCAAGAGGUCUCGCGGUGGUGGCCUUGCGUCGCUCUUCCGCUGCUGCAUGGGGCUCAGCGAUGGAGCUUUCAAGGCCUACAACAUGUGCCUCCUUACCUUUUAUGCAGUCAUCAUGAUCGGAGCCGUGGUCAUGCUACUCCUUGCAUGGCAUUGGGCCUCCGAAGCAUACAAUCAUAUCAAAGGAGACGUUAUGGGCGUGAUCAAUGACGUCAAGGAGAACGUGGGCAAGGUCAAGGAAGGUAUACAGUCUGUAGAGAGUCUGCUCGGGAAAGCAGGAGAUGUCGCAGAAUCUGCAGUUUCGGGAGCUGCUGCUGCGAUCACUUCCAAAGCAGGCGAAAUCAAAUCCUUAGGCGGCUCUCUCAAAAGCCACGUCCACAUUCCUAAGAACGACCAUCCCCGAACCACUCUAUUCACUGCCUGUACAAUGGUAAAUGCCUCCCACCCGCAUCCAACAGGUGUGCGUCCAAUAGGAGUACCCUCCUACCUCACGAACGCCUACAACGAAGCCUACAACUCUAUCCGGACAGCGGGCAAGACCCUCUGCGAUCAAAGCCAAGCCCUCACUUCUGCGGGCUUCAACCUCGACUUUCAGAAUCUCUACAGUAUGACUACCGGCUUCUGCGAUUUCGUAGUCAGCGGACAAUUCCCUCUACCUCCAAUCAGUGAAAUGGAAAGCAAAGCCUGUCGGUUGUACUUAGAUCUGCAGGGAAUUGGCGUCGCAUAUUGCAGCAGGUCCACAGAGGUUGUCGUUGAGAACGAGGACGAGUCUGAUGCGAUGUUCCAGGGCUUGGUCGGGAUCAGAAGCCCUUUCUGUGACGCGACGAGUGGCUAUGGGGUAAAUGUGCCCAGCGCUAUGGCGUGGGGAGGUGGCGACUGCGAGGGUGGCAGGUUUAUGUGAUGGAGCGGCACUGGAGAUAUUUAGGGAUAUGGCAGGCAGCUAGGGCCGAAUGCAGCAAUGUGCAGUAGAGCGGAUACAUGGUUGUUAUUCGUGAUUGUGUUUCAAUGCAUGGAUUUGCUUUGUAUGAGCGGGUGGAUUUGAAUAGUUGC